AUGGCAGCCUGUCAUCAGGGGAGGAGCAGAGCAGGGGUGCUGGGGGCUAGAACUAGUGCUGGGAGCAAGGGAGGAGCAUAUACUCAAAACUCACCGUCGGAGGAGGAGCUCAUCUUCAAAGGCUUGUGCUGCUGGCCUGCUGGAUCUUUAGCACAAGAGCAGAGCAGAGCAGAGGAGACCGGCGGCUGCUACUGCUUCCGCCGGAGAGGAGACCGGCUGCUGCUGCUUCCUCUGGAGAGGAGACCGGCGGGGCGGCGGCUGCUGCUGCUUCCACGGGAGAGGAGAGAGGAGGGGGCGGCUGCUGCUGGCUUCCACGGGAGAGGAGAGAGGAGGGGGCGGCUGCUGCUGGCUUCCACGGGAGAGGAGACCGGCGGCUGCUGGCCUGCUGCUGCUUCCACGGGAGCGGAGAGAGGAGGGGGCGGCUGCUGCUGGCUUCCACGGGAGAGGAGAGAGGAGGGGGCGGCUGCUGCUGGCUUCCACGGGAGAGGAGAGGAGACCGGCGGGAGAGGAGAGGAGACCGGCGGGAGAGGAGCGGAGGGAGAGGAGAUCAGGAGAGGAGAGAGGAGGGCGACUGGGAGAGGAGAGGAGAGAGGAGAGGAGGGAGAAGAGAGGAGAGGAGCUGCUGCUUGGCGCCGCGCGCGUUUUGGUGGCCUGAAAACGGCCCGUUUUGGCGCCUCCCGCGCCUCUGUUUUGGCGCCUCCCGCAGCAGUGCAGGAAAUCCUUUUUCUGGUCGCUUACAGCACUAAUCGGCUGACUAAUCGCGAUUAGUGGACGACUAAUCGGACGACCAGAAAGCUGGUCGACCAAAUCGGGUCGAUAGCCCUGGUCGGUCACUCUUCAGCGACCUGGACGACUAAUCGCGAUUAGUCGGACGACUUGAAAACACUG